AUGACUUCCUCUACUCCUGUUGGGUCCACAUUAGGAGACACGACACAAAUUACGUCUACAUCUGAUAUUCCGUCCUCCUCAGAAGUUAUACCAACCACAACUUCAUUGGAAUCCACAACGGUAAUUCAAACGGAAUCUACUACAUCUCUAUGGACUUCUGUUCCAUCCACAGCUGCUGAAACAACUUCAAUAGGUUCCACAUUGUCAACCGAAAGUACAACAUUGUUCAUCACAACACCACUGGAAACGACUCAGUCAAAUAUUCCAUCCACAUCUUCAGAGACAACACAAUUUUCCUCAACCUUAGAAGUUCCAUUGACUACAUCUGAUGUAUCAACACCAAUUGCAUCUUCUACCACAUCAAAUAUCCCUUCCACACCAUCAUCGGAAACUACAGAAAUGACUUCCUCUGCUCCUGUUGGUUCCACAUUAGGAGACACGACACAAAUUACCUCUACAUCUGAUAUUCCGUCCUCCUCACAAGUUAUACCAACCACAACUUCAUUGGAAUCCACAACAGAAACUCAAACGGAAUCUACUGCAUCUCCAUGGACUGUUGUUCCUUCCACAGCUACUGAAACAACUUCAAUAGUGUCCACAUUGGCAACUGAAAGUACAACAUUGUUCGUCACAACACCACUGGAAACAACUCAGUCAAAUAUUCCAUCCACAUCUUCUCAGACAACACAGUUUUCCUCAACCUCAGAAGUUGCAUCGACUACUUCCGCUGAAUCAACACCAAUUGCAUCUUCUACCGCAUUAAAUAUCCCUUCCACCCCAUCAUCGGAAACUACAGAAAUGACUUCCUCUACUCCUGUUGGGAGACACGACACAAAUUCCGUCUACAUCGGAUAUUCCGUCCUCCUCACAAGUUAUACCAACCACAACUUCAUUGGAAUCCACAACGAAAUGACUUCCUCUACUCCUGUUGGGUCCACAUUAGGAGACACGACACAAAUUACGUCUACAUCUGAUAUUCCGUCCUCCUCACAAGCUAUACCAACCACAACUUCAUUGGAAUCCACAACAGAAACUCAAACGGAAUCUACUGCAUCUCCAUGGACUUCUGUUCCUUCCACAGCUACUGAAACAACUUCAAUAGUGUCCACAUUGGCAACUGAAACUACUGAAACAACUUCAAUAGUGUCCACAUUGGCAACUGAAAGUACAACAUUGUUCGUCACAACACCACUGGAAACAACUCAGUCAAAUAUUCCAUCCACAUCUUCUGAGACAACACAGUUUUCCUCAACCUCAAAAGUUGCAUCGACUACUUCCGCUGAAUCAAAACCAAUUGCAUCUUCUACCGCAUCAAAUAUCCCUUCCACCCCAUCAUCGGAAACUACAGAAAUGACUUCCUCUACUCCUGUUGGGUCCACAUUAGGAGACACGACACAAAUUACGUCUACAUCUGAUAUUCCGUCCUCCUCACAAGCUAUACCAACCACAACUUCAUUGGAAUCCACAACAGAAACUCAAAUGGAAUCUACUGCAUCUCCAUGGACUUCUGUUCCUUCCACAGCUACUGAAACAACUUCAAUAGUGUCCACAUUGGCAACUGAAAGUACAACAUUGUUCGUCACAACACCACUGGAAACAACUCAGUCAAACAUUCCAUCCACAUCUUCUGAGACAACACAGUUUUCCUCAACCUCAGAAGUUGCAUCGACUACUUCCGCUGAAUCAACACCAAUUGCAUCUUCUACUGCAUCAAAUAUCCCUUCCACACCAUCAUCAGAAACUACAGAAAUUACUUCCUCUACUCCUGUUGGGUCCACAUUAGGAGACACGACACAAAUUAUGUCUACAUCGGAUAUUCCGUCCUCCUCAGAAGUUAUACCAACCACAACUUCAUUGGAAUCCACAACGGUAAUUCAAACGGAAUCUACUACAUCUCUAUCGACUUCUGUUCCGUCCACAACUACUGAAACAACUUCAAUUGUGUCCACAUUGGCAACUGAAAGUACAACAUUGUUUGUCACAACACCACUGGAAACAACUCAGUCAAAUAUUCCAUCCACAUCUUCUGAGACAACACAGUUUUCCUCAACCUCAGAAGUUGCAUCGACUACUUCCGCUGAAUCAACACCAAUUGCAUCGUCUACCGCAUCAAACAUCCCUUCCACACCAUCAUCGGAAACUACAGAAAUGACUUCCUCUACUCCUGUUGGGUCCACAUUAGGAGACACGACACAAAUUACGUCUACAUCUGAUAUUCCGUCCUCCUCACAAGCUAUACCAACCACAACUUCAUUGAAAUCCACAACAGAAACUCAAACGGAACCUACUGCAUCUCCAUGGACUUCUGUUCCUUCCACAGUUAGUGAAACAACUUCAAAAGUGUCGACAUUGGCAACUGAAAGUACAACAUUGUUCGUCACAACACCACUGGAAACAACUCAUACAAAUAUUCCAUCUACAUCUUCUGAGACAACACAGUUUUCCUCAACCUCAGAAGUUCCAUCGACUACUUCUGCUGAAUCAACACCAAUUGCAUCUUCUACCGCAUCAAAUAUCCCUAACACACCAUCAUCAGAAACUACAGAAAUGACUUCCUCUACUCCUGUUGGGUCCACAUUAGGAGACACGACACAAAUUACGUCUACAUCGGAUAUUCCGUCCUCCUCAGAAGUUAUACCAACCACAACUUCAUUGGAAUCCACAACGGUAAUUCAAACGGAAUCUACUACAUCUCUAUCGACUUCUGUUCCGUCCACAGCUGCGGAAAAAACUUCAAUACAGUCCACAUUGGCAACCGAAAGUACAACAUUGUUCGUCACAACACCACUGGAAACAACUCAGUCAAAUAUUCCAUCCACAUCUUCUGAGACAACACAGUUUUCCUCAACCUCAGAAGUUGCAUCGACUACUUCAGCUGAAUCAACACCAAUUGCAUCGUCUACCGCAUCAAAUAUCCCUUCCACACCAUCAUCGGAAACUACAGAAAUGACUUCCUCUACUCCUGUUGGGUCCACAUUAGGAGACACGACACAAAUUACGUCUACAUCUGAUAUUCCGUCUUCCUCACAAGCUAUACCAACCACAACUUCAUUGGAAUCCACAACAGAAACUCAAACGGAAUCUACUGCAUCUCCAUGGACUUCUGUUCCUUCCACAGCUACUGAAACAACUUCAAUAGUGUCCACAUUGGCAACUGAAAAUACAACAUUGUUCAUCACAACACCACUGGAAACAACUCAUUCAAAUAUUCCAUCCACAUCUUCUGAGACAACACAGUUUUCCUCAACCUCAAAAGUUGCAUCGACUACUUCCGCUGAAUCAAAACCAAUUGCAUCUUCUACCGCAUCAAAUAUCCCUUCCACACCAUCAUCGGAAACUACAGAAAUGACUUCCUCUACUCCUGUUGGGUCCACAUUAGGAGACACGACACAAAUUACGUCUACAUCUGAUAUUCCGUCCUCCUCACAAGCUAUACCAACCACAACUUCAUUGGAAUCCACAACAGAAACUCAAACGGAAUCUACUGCAUCUCCAUGGACUUCUGUUCCUUCCACAGCUACUGAAACAACUUCAAUAGUGUCCACAUUGGCAACUGAAAGUACAACAUUGUUCGUCACAACACCACUGGAAACAACUCAGUCAAAUAUUCCAUCCACAUCUUCUGAGACAACACAGUUUUCCUCAACCUCAGAAGUUGCAUCGACUACUUCCGCUGAAUCAACACCAAUUGCAUCUUCUACGGCAUCAAAUAUCCCUUCCACACCAUCAUCAGAAACUACAGAAAUUACUUCCUCUGCUCCUGUUGGGUCCACAUUAGGAGACACGACACAAAUUACGUCUAAAUCUGAUAUUCCGUCCUCCUCAGAAGUUAUACCAACCACAACUUCAUUGGAAUCCACAACGGUAAUUCAAACGGAAUCUACUACAUUUCUAUGGACUUCUGUUCCGUCCACAGCUGCUGAAACAACUUCAAUAGUGUCCACAUUGGCAACUGAAAGUACAACAUUGUUCAUAACAACACCACUGGAAACGACUCAGUCAAAUAUUCCAUCCACAUCUUCAGAGACAACAGUUUCACCAGAUGCUACAACCACAUUCACAGGCUCCCAGGCAACCACACUUACCCAGUCAACAUCCUCAACAGAGGGGUCACCAACAGCAUCACAGGGUGUAACAUCGACAGCCUCAACCGUAUCAUCAGAUACUUCAACCCCAUUCACUGGUUCCCAAGGAACCACGCUUACUCUGUAUACAUCCUCAACAGAGGUAUCACCAACAGCAUCACAGGGUGUAACAUCAACAGGCGCAACAGUAUCACCAAUAUCCCAAACCUCAAGUGUAACCGAACCAUCAACAUCACCGUUGACAGCAUUCACAUCUUCACAAGCGUCAUCAUCAUUACCGUUGACAUUGCCACAAGAGACUUCAACAACCUCAGUUCCAUAUGAGUCAACACCAACUCUUUCAUCCUUGGCAACUUUGUCGCAAGGUACAACCACAACCGGAUCGACAGAAUCACCAGACACCACAACCACAUUCACAGGCUCCCAAGGAACCACACUAAUUCUGUCGACAUCUUCAACAGAAGUGUCACCAACAGCAUUGCCACAAGAGACUUUAACAACAACAGUCAUUUAUGAGUCAACGCCAAUUCUUUCAUCCUUGACAACUUUAUCGCAAGAUACAUCAACAACCGGAUCGACAGAAUCACAAUCCACCACAACCGUAUUCACAGGCUCCCAAGGAACCACGCUUACUCUGUCGACAUCCUCUACAGAAGUGUCACCAACAGCAUCACAGGGUGUAACAUCAACAGGCUCAACAGUAUCAUCAGAUACCACAACCGCAUUCACAGGCUCCCAAGGAACCACGCUUACUCUGUCGACAUUCUCAACAGAAGUGUCACCAACAGCAUCACAGGGUGUAACAUCAACAGGCGCAACAGUAUCACCAAUAUCUCAAACAUCAAGUGCAACAAGACCAUCAACAUCACCGUGGACAGCAUCGACAUCUUCACAAGCGUCAUCAUCAUUGCCUUUGACAUUGCCACAAGAGAGUUUAACAACGUCAGUUCCAUAUGAGUCAACACCAUCUCUUUCAUCCUUGACAACUUUAUCGCAAGGUACAACAACAACCGGAUCGACACAAUCACCAUCCACCACAACCGCAUUCACAGGCUCCCAAGGAACCACGCUUACUCUGUCGACAUCCUCCACAGAAGUGUCACCAACAACAUCACAGGGUGUAACAUCAACAGGCGCAACAUUAUCACCAAUAUCCCAAACAUCAAGUGCAACCAGACCAUCAACAUCACCGUGGACAGCAUCGACAUCUUCACAAGCGUCAUCAUCAUUGCCUUUGACAUUGCCACAAGAGACUUUAACAACAGUUCCAAAUGAGUCAACGUCAACUCUUUCAUCUUUGACAACUUUAUCACAAGGUACAACCACAACCGGAUCGACAGAAUCAACAGACACCACAACCGCAUUCACAGGUUCCCAAGGAACCACGCUUACUCUGUCGACAUCCUCCACAGAAGUGUCACCAACAACAUCACAGGGUGUAACAUCAACAGGCGCAACAUUAUCACCAAUAUCCCAAACCUCAAGUGCAACCGUACCAUCAACAUCACCCUUGACAGCAUUCACAUCUUCACAAGUGUCAUCAUCAUUACCUUUGACAUUGCCACAAGAGACUUUAACAACAACAGUUCCAUAUGAGUCAACGCCAACUCUUUCAUACAUGACAACUUUAACACAAGGUACAACAACAACCGGAUCGACAGAAUCAACAGACACCACAACUGCAUUCACAGGCUCCCAAGGAACCACGCUUACUCUGUCAACAUCCUCAACAGAGGUGUCACCAACAGCAUCACAGGGUGUAACAUCAACAGGCGCAACAGUAUCACCAAUAUCUCAAACAUCAAGUGCAACCAGACCAUCAACAUCACCGUGGACAGCAUCGACAUCUUCACAAGCGUCAUCAUCAUUGCCUUUGACAUUGCCACAAGAGAGUUUAACAACGUCAGUUCCAUAUGAGUCAACACCAUCUCUUUCAUCCUUGACAACUUUAUCGCAAGGUACAACAACAACCGGAUCGACACAAUCACCAUCCACCACAACCGCAUUCACAGGCUCCCAAGGAACCACGCUUACUCUGUCGACAUCCUCCACAGAAGUGUCACCAACAACAUCACAGGGUGUAACAUCAACAGGCGCAACAUUAUCACCAAUAUCCCAAACAUCAAGUGCAACCAGACCAUCAACAUCACCGUGGACAGAAUCGACAUCUUCACAAGCGUCAUCAUCAUUGCCUUUGACAUUGCCACAAGAGACUUUAACAACAGUUCCAAAUGAGUCAACGUCAACUCUUUCAUCUUUGACAACUUUAUCACAAGGUACAACCACAACCGGAUCGACAGAAUCAACAGACACCACAACCGCAUUCACAGGUUCCCAAGGAACCACGCUUACUCUGUCGACAUCCUCCACAGAAGUGUCACCAACAACAUCACAGGGUGUAACAUCAACAGGCGCAACAUUAUCACCAAUAUCCCAAACCUCAAGUGCAACCGUACCAUCAACAUCACCCUUGACAGCAUUCACAUCUUCACAAGUGUCAUCAUCAUUACCUUUGACAUUGCCACAAGAGACUUUAACAACAACAGUUCCAUAUGAGUCAACGCCAACUCUUUCAUACAUGACAACUUUAACACAAGGUACAACAACAACCGGAUCGACAGAAUCAACAGACACCAAAACUGCAUUCACAGGCUCCCAAGGAACCACGCUUACUCUGUCAACAUCCUCAACAGAGGUGUCACCAACAGCAUCACAGGGUGUAACAUCAACAGGCUCAACAGUAUCACCAAUAUCCCAAACAUCAAGUGCAACCAGACCAUCAACAUCACCGUGGACAGCAUCGACAUCUUCACUAGCGUCAUCAUCAUUGCCUUUGACAUUGCCACAAGAGACUUUAACAACAGUUCCCAAUGAGUCAACGUCAACUCUUUCAUCCUUGACAACUUUAUCACAAGGUACAACCACAACCGGAUCGACAGAAUCAACAGACACCACAACCGCAUUCACAGGCUCCCAAGGAACCACGCUUACUCUGUCGACAUCCUCCACAGAAGUGUCACCAACAGCAUCACAGGGUGUAACAUCAACAGGCUCAACAGUAUCAUCAGAUACCACAACCGCAUUCACAGGCUCCCAAGGAACCACGCUUACUCUGUCGACAUUCUCAACAGAAGUGUCACCAACAGCAUCACAGGGUGUAACAUCAACAGGCGCAACAGUAUCACCAAUAUCUCAAACAUCAAGUGCAACAAGACCAUCAACAUCACCGUGGACAGCAUCGACAUCUUCACAAGCGUCAUCAUCAUUGCCUUUGACAUUGCCACAAGAGACUUUAACAACAGUUCCAAAUGAGUCAACGUCAACUUUUUCAUCCUUGACAACUUUAUCACAAGGUACAACCACAACCGGAUCGACAGAAUCAACAGACACCACAACCGCAUUCACAGGUUCCCAAGGAACCACGCUUACUCUGUCAACAUCCUCAACAGAGGUGUCACCAACAGCAUCACAGGGUGUAACAUCAACAGGCUCAACAGUAUCACCAAUAUCCCAAACAUCAAGUGCAACCAGACCAUCAACAUCACCGUGGACAGCAUCGACAUCUUCACAAGCGUCAUCAUCAUUGCCUUUGACAUUGCCACAAGAGACUUUAACAACAGUUCCAAAUGAGUCAACGUCAACUCUUUCAUCCUUGACAACUUUAUCGCAAGAUACAACAACAACCGGAUCGACAGAAUCACAAUCCACCACAACCGUAUUCACAGGCUCCCAAGGAACCACGCUUACUCUGUCGACAUACUCCACAGAAGUGUCACCAACAGCAUCACAGGGUGUAACAUCAACAGGCUCAACAGUAUCAUCAGAUACCACAACCGCAUUCACAGGCUCCCAAGGAACCACGCUUACUCUGUCGACAUUCUCAACAGAAGUGUCACCAACAACAUCACAGGGUGUAACAUCAACAGGCGCAACAGUAUCACCAAUAUCUCAAACAUCAAGUGCAACAAGACCAUCAACAUCACCGUGGACAGCAUCGACAUCUUCACAAGCGUCAUCAUCAUUGCCUUUGACAUUGCCACAAGAGACUUUAACAACAGUUCCCACUGAGUCAACGUCAACUCUUUCAUUAUUGACAACUUUAUCACAAGGUACAACCACAACCGGAUCGACAGAAUCAACAGACACCACAACCGCAUUCACAGGUUCCCAAGGAACCACGCUUACUCUGUCGACAUCCUCAACAGAGGUGUCACCAACAGCAUCACAUGGUGUAACAUCAACAGGCUCAACAGUAUCAUCAGAUACUACAACCGCAUUCACAGGCUCCCAAGGAACCACAGUUACUCUGUCGACAUCUUCAACAGAAGUAUCACCAACAGCUUCACAUGGUGUAACAGCAACAACCUCAACAAUAUCAGCAAUAUCCCAAACAUCAAGUGCAACCAGACCAUCAACAUCACCGUUGACAGCAUUCACAUCUUCACAAGCGUCAUCAUCAUUGCCUUUCACGUUGCCACAAGAGAGUUUAACAACGUCAGUUCCAUAUGAGUCAACGCCAACUCUUUCAUCCUUGACAACUUUAUCGCAAGGUACGACAACAACCGGAUCGACAGAAUCACCAUCCACCACAACCGCAUUCACAGGCUCCCAAGGAACCAUGCUUACUCUGUCGACAUCCUCCACAGAAGUGUCACCAACAGCAUCACAGGGUGUAACAUCAACAGGCUCAACAUUAUCAUUAGAUACCACAACCGCAUUCACAGGCUCCCAAGGAACCACAUUUACUCUGUCGACAUUCUCAACAGAAGUGUCACCAACAGCAUCACAAGGUGUAACAUCGACAGGCUCAACCGUAUCAUCAGAUACUUCAACCCCAUUCACCGGUUCCCAAGGAACCACGCUUACUCUGUAUACAUCCUCAACAGAGGUGUCACCAACAGCAUCACAGGGUGUAACAUCAACAGGUGCAACAGUAUCACCAAUAUCCCAAACAUCAAGUGCAACCAGACCAUCAACAUCACCGUGGACAGCAUCGACAUCUUCACAAGCGUCAUCAUCAUUGCCUUUGACAUUGCCACAAGAGACUUUAACAACAGUUCCAAAUGAGUCAACGUCAACUCUUUCAUCCUUGACAACUUUAUCACAAGGUACAACCACAACCGGAUCGACAGAAUCAACAGACACCACAACCGCAUUCACAGGUUCCCAAGGAACCACGCUUACUCUGUCAACAUCCUCAACAGAGGUGUCACCAACAGCAUCACAGGGUGUAACAUCAACAGGCUCAACAGUAUCACCAAUAUCCCAAACAUCAAGUGCAACCAGACCAUCAACAUCACCGUGGACAGCAUCGACAUCUUCACAAGCGUCAUCAUCAUUGCCUUUGACAUUGCCACAAGAGACUUUAACAACAGUUCCCAAUGAGUCAACGUCAACUCUUUCAUCCUUGACAACUUUAUCACAAGGUACAACCACAACCGGAUCGACAGAAUCAACAGACACCACAACCGCAUUCACAGGUUCCCAAGGAACCACGCUUACUCUGUCGACAUCCUCAACAGAGGUGUCACCAACAGCAUCACAUGGUGUAACAUCAACAGGCUCAACAGUAUCAUCAGAUACUACAACCGCAUUCACAGGCUCCCAAGGAACCACAGUUACUCUGUCGACAUCUUCAACAGAAGUAUCACCAACAGCUUCACAUGGUGUAACAGCAACAACCUCAACAAUAUCAGCAAUAUCCCAAACAUCAAGUGCAACCAGACCAUCAACAUCACCGUUGACAGCAUUCACAUCUUCACAAGCGUCAUCAUCAUUGCCUUUCACGUUGCCACAAGAGAGUUUAACAACGUCAGUUCCAUAUGAGUCAACGCCAACUCUUUCAUCCUUGACAACUUUAUCGCAAGGUACGACAACAACCGGAUCGACAGAAUCACCAUCCACCACAACCGCAUUCACAGGCUCCCAAGGAACCACGCUUACUCUGUCGACAUCCUCCACAGAAGUGUCACCAACAGCAUCACAGGGUGUAACAUCAACAGGCUCAACAGUAUCACCAAUAUCCCAAACAUCAAGUGCAACCAGACCAUCAACAUCACCGUGGACAGCAUCGACAUCUUCACAAGCGUCAUCAUCAUUGCCUUUGACAUUGCCACAAGAGACUUUAACAACAGUUCCAAAUGAGUCAACGUCAACUCUUUCAUCCUUGACAACUUUAUCACAAGGUACAACCACAACCGGAUCGACAGACUCAACAGACACCACAACCGCAUUCACAGGUUCCCAAGGAACUACGCUUACUCUGUCGACAUCCUCAACAGAGGUGUCACCAACAGCAUCACAUGGUGUAACAUCAACAGGCUCAACAGUAUCAUCAGAUACUACAACCGCAUUCACAGGCUCCCAAGGAACCACGCUUACUCUGUCGACAUCCUCAACAGAGGUGUCACCAACAGCAUCACAUGGUGUAACAUCAACAGGCUCAACAGUAUCAUCAAAUACUUCAACCGCAUUCACAGGCUCCCAAGGAACCACGCUUACUAUGUCUACAUCCUCAACAGUGGUGUCAUCAACAGCUUCACAUGGUGUAACAGCAACAACCUCAACGAUAUCACCAAUAUCCCAUACAACAUCUAUUGCACUUGGACCAUCAACAGCAUCAACCGUUUCACACAGCACAUCAUCUCCAUCAUCAGUAUCAACAUCACAACCAAUGUCUACUUCAUCAACAACAAUAUCAGGACUAUCUUCUUCCUUAACAUCGACAUCAUCGAAUGGUACGAUCACUACCUUAUCCACUGGAUCUCAAGCUACUUCAACUACGGCUGUUUCUGAGUCCCAAAGUUCUACACUUACUACAUCAACAUCUACUUUAAGGUCAACUCCCAAAAUUACAACAACCACUUUACCAGCGUCAUGCAUCGUUUGUCAAAAUGGAGGAAAACCAAAUUGCAAUUCUAAUAUGUGCACAUGCAAUCUCCCCUUUACCGGAAUGCAUUGUGAGUCGAUUCAACCUGUGUUCAUCCCAAACAAUGCCGCAAAGGCAGCUGAAGUUAAAAUUCGGAUAUUAAAUGAACUUUAUGACAGAGACUAUGCCAAUAAUUUGUCAUCAAAAUUCAAAGACUUUGAGAAAAGAUUUCAAGGCACUAUGAAGCCCACUUAUGAACAAAUCCCUGGGUUUAAAGAUAUACGUAUUUUAUCUAUAAGGGAAGGAAGUAUAAUAGUGGAUCAUAUUGUCACGUACACAUACAGCACUAAUCAGACAGUAAUUGACAUACUUAACGAUUUGCAACAACAACUUCAAGGCCUUUUGAUGGACAGUGAAUGUGUGAAUAACAACACCAACGAGAGACUUACAGCAGACAAUUGUACAGGUUUCCUAUUGGACGUAGAAAACGUUACAGUGGUUGCCGAUAAUACAACAAUCAACGAUUUGAAUGACUUCUGCUCCGACUCUGAAAUAUCUGAGUAUUACACAAUAUCGAUUAUAAAUGAUUCGCAAAUUUCCUGCAUACAUAGGUGCGAUGCCGACUCUACAAAACCUUAUUGCGCCAACGGUGGGAAAUGUAACGCAACUGUUGUAACCCCGGAGUGUGUUUGCCUGCCGACCUCGAUUUUCUGGCACAGAGAUAGUCAGUGCAACUUGCUCGCCAAUGCAGUGGCAAUUGCAGGACUCACGGUACCGCUCGUCUUACUGCCUAUCGUCAUCGUCAUUGUUGUGGUCUUGGUGCUCAUGAGGCGAGCGAGCACGAAAACGUUUUCAGUCGAAUCCAGCUGUUCUUCCUUCAGUAGAAACUCAAACUUAAGUUUUGGAAGCUUUAAGACCUUGCCUGAAUGGCAAGACAACCCGAACUAUGAUGGUCACAUCGAGGAUGUUCAUGAAGAAGCUAAUUUCACUAUACCUCCUGGAGUAUUCAACCCUACCCUUGAAAAUAUUAGCCAAAAAGUGGUUGUAUUCCAGAGGCCAAAAAUUCUGUCUGAAAGCCUAAUUUAACACUCCACCAACUAACUGCAAUCACGUAUUGCCUGCACAGGAAAUAAUACAAAUAUAUGCAUGCAACAUUGAUUUACAGGAUACAUUUUACCUUCAUCCCCUGUCGCCCCACCCCCAUUGUUAAACUUCACUGACAUUUACUAAAAUUAUUGCUAAUCAUUGGCGGGGGGGGGGGUCUAGAGUUAAGAAAAAUAAAGUGCCUUAGCCCCCCUUAUGAGAUCUAUCUACCAGGUUUCUUUCAAACAUGUCCUACUCAGAAGGGAACCCCCUCUUGAAGCCAGCACUUAGUACAGCUGAGAGUGGUGACAAAGUGGUCCGUGGACCUUUCAGUCUACCAAGCCUGCUGCUCGUCUUGGCAUGUUUGCGCUCUCGUUUUGGAACAUUACUCUUAUUUUUAUUUAAAAAGGAGACUCUUAAUUGUAAAAAAAAAUGUAUUUCAGCACUCCCCCCCCCCCCCCCCCACCUAUACUAUAUUUUAAACCCAUUUCCGAUAUUGCUUUGGGAUGCUAUACAGAGGUCGCUGGUUUCAUCUCCUGGGUGCAGUAGUUAAAACAAUGGGAUGUGUGUUUCUUAAAUCCAACGAUAAAUGGGUACACCACAAUUAGUCGUCCAUUGGAGGGAGUGUGUGUAUUCCCACAUUUUCCAAGGUGCCCAGCGAGUGUGGGAAAGUAGGCCAAAACCACAUCGAGAGGAAGCUCUCUCAGAACAAAAUACUCCCCAGUGGAGGUCCCUUCCACCAGCAGCAGCAUGAGCGAGGCGUUUCAAUUUGCCGCCUGUGCUGACCGAGAGAGGCCAGCAAUUUCACGGGACAGCAACACUUGGCAGUUGCCAUAUGGACGAGAAGAAAUGAUGAAAGUUAUGUCGAGUCAACUCUCGCUGGGUCUCGAGCAGAACAUUCCAUUGCGAGCUCGUCCAGCUCUCUACACAAAACACGAAUCAAACGAAAGUUGUACAAUAUUCCUCUUCAGUGCUCUACAAUUAAAUGAAUGUUCAUGCAACUGCAAUGACAAUUUCUAUCAAUACCAAUCUCGAUUGAUGUAUUGCAUAAAACAUACAAUUGGGUAUACUAUCAACAUAGACGAUUGCAAACAGUAGAGUACGGAUGUCUUUUGAAUCCAUCAGAUGUAAAUGUACUUUAGAAUGCAUUCAAAAGUGCACUAUAAAUUACAUUGUCCAUGACCAGUAUGGGACUGUAAUGUUGAUAUUGGCUGCUUCGUGUACGUGCAGUAACUUAUCAUUAUUCUUUCACUGAGAACAAAUUAAGUCAAUUUAGAAACAUAUUUGACCAAGGAGACCUAAUGUGUGUGACCUUUACUUAACCAGGCGAUUAAAUAACAGCAUUACCUAUUUUGCAAGGGUGGCCUGUUGCAUCACGAUACAAUUUAAGAACACAAUAUUUAUAAAACAUUUGCUCGAACAAAUUUAGACUCCUUUUGACAAUAAAUGAAUACAGUACAAUAUAAAUAAAGGCAAGUAAAUAGGUAUUUGACUUUUUUGCAAUUUAACUUAAAAACGUAACUUUUGGAAAUUAAAGUGACUAGUUUUAUAAAGUAGAGGCAAUGGAUAAAAAUGCACAGAAUCUGAUCAGACGUAAACAGACAAGGCUGACGUUGUUAGGAAACAUUAAAACAAACAUGUACAAGGUUUUACGUCAAGCCUCUCAAAUGGCACACAUCACACCACUGCCCAUUUCUAUAAUUCACCGGCAGCAAUUGAGAUAUUUACAGGCUGCUCGUGAAGCCAUCUACUGGCUCACUCACCAACCAUGGUGGCAAUGCCCCAGUCACGUGUAAACAAUUGCCAUGAACAUUGACAAUGCUGAUCAACUCAUCGCCUUACGAACGAAGAUAUACAGGGCUCCCACACCGUGUUCUUGCUACUCGUUGCUGACCACUUGACAUUUUGGGCCUUUGAGCCCUCUGCUCAGAAACUUUAUUAAUAAAAACAAAAACCCACGUGAAUCGAUGCAUUAUUUGAUCAUUCCAUCUCAAUGGCCGAUUGACCCCCUCACACAUUCCCCACUUGAGCUAUUACGUCAGACGUGUGCAAACAUUCCUUUCCCCGGCUGGUUCAUCUUUAUAUAUACACAAUACUGUGUACAAUACGUAAAACGAACCAAUGGUGACAAUUUCUCAUUCAUAUGGUAAUUAUUAACAUGGAAAGGAUCCAUUUCUCCAUAGUGAUAUACCUACGAGUAGUAUUCAUUUCAUUUAUUCAUGGACAGCGAUGAUGAACUGUGUAAAUCCACGACUGGGGUAACGUCAAGAAUUCUGCCAGCAGUCUAAACCGAUGCAAAUAUAUCAAAUAUAUUAUCAGAGAGCAUAUUGUGUGUACCCUGUAUUCAAAGUACAUCUUAGUGUGAUAUGUGUAGUAUGAUCCCUUUCAUACUGGCUUAAAUUACAUUUCAUUCGCAAAAGCAUACAACUUUUAUUUUCAUAAAAUGCGUUAAUAUUGUAACCACGAUAAAUAAACAAAAAUAUGAAUUAAAAAACACGUGUGUGGGACGUCCAUGUUUUUUUUGUUUACUUUUGGAAGCAGUGAAAUGGUGUUGGUUUUCACUUGAAGGCAUGCAUUGUGAG